AUGACAGUUGACAUGGAAAAAUGCAAACGCAUAGUGCAAUAUUUCUGGGACCCAGAACCUAGGAAUGAUGCACCCGCAGCGUCAAUAUGGUGCCUGGGUAGAGAGUAUGCGACCUCGCAAAUCACUAUCAAAGAAGAUAGCUCGACAGAGCAGUCGGCAGAGGCUGGCACACCGAGUGAAACAACAGCGAAAGCCUGGCCGGAAGCAUUUAUCUCUGAUUUUGGAUCGAGGCAGUGGAUGACAUACCGAUCAAACUUCACACCGAUACCACGAGCAAAAUCACCAGAAGCGACAUCAUCCAUGACACUAAGUGUACGGCUUCGGAGUCAGCUCAUGGACUCCGGCUUCACAUCUGAUACCGGGUGGGGCUGCAUGAUUAGAUCCGGGCAAAGCCUCCUGGCGAACACCUUCGCGAUACUAUUGUUAGGGAGAGACUGGCGCAGGGGAGACAGACCAGAGGAGGAGUCGAAGCUGAUUUCAAUGUUCGCUGAUCAUCCAGAUGCCCGAUUCUCAAUACAUCGAUUCGUGAACUGCGGUGCAGAGUCAUGCGGGAAAUACCCCGGGGAGUGGUUUGGACCGUCGGCAACGGCCAGAUGUAUACAGAUCUACGUGACCAACGACACAUCAGACGUGUAUGAAGAUAAAUUUACACAAGUUGCGCGAGACCAGACUGGCCGCAUACAGCCAACACUUAUCCUCCUAGGAAUCAGACUGGGAAUUGAUCAUAUUACACCGGUGUAUUGGGGCGGACUGCAAGCUGCACUGCAAUACCCCCAAUCAGUUGGUGUAGCAGGCGGGCGCCCUUCCUCAUCCCACUACUUUGUAGGAGCUCAAGACUCUCACCUCUUCUUCCUCGAUCCCCACUCUACUCGACUCGCAACGCCAUAUCGACCCAAUGAACUCUACACCCCAGAAGAACUGGAUAGUUACUACACCACCCGACUUCGGAGAAUCCACAUCAAAGACAUGGACCCCAGCAUGCUGAUUGGAUUUCUGAUCAAGGAUGAGGAUGACUGGGCCGACUGGAAGAAACAGAUUGAAUCUACAGCUGGGCGGCAGAUUGUACACAUCUUCCCCGGACAUGCACAGCCAGACCAUGGCCAUGGCCGUGCAGAGGCACUUGAUGAAGUGGAAGUGUUGGAUGACUCGGAUGCACUGGAAUGA